AGGACAUCAGCGACAUUGCUAUCAAAUUCUGGUGCUAGUAUUACAAUGUUGAAACAAUUGGGAGGAUGGAAAUCGGCAAAUAUCGCAGAAGGUUAUAUUGAAAACUCCUUGCUUAAUAGACAAAAAAUCUUUAAUAAGAUUACUCAUGCAGAUCAAGUUGUUCCUCCGUCAGAUAAAAAUCUUCAACAAUUUACAAGUAAAACUAAUCCAGCUAAUUCUGAAACUUUUAUUCAAAAUGAUCAAUCUGUAUCAACAGAAACUAAUGAUGAAGAUUGUCUUGAAGAAAUUGUUUUGGAUGCCACUUUGACGGCAAUUGAUAACUCGUUUAUAUCAGAAAAACCCAGUAUCAUCACCACCUUCUUUCACUACAGCCAAUAAUGAGGAAAUGAUAAUAAAUUCUGACCCUAGAACAGAUCGA